AACCGGAAACUCCGCGUAAAGGAAGAAGUAGUUAGCUGGCUAAUUAUUUGUAAAAGUUUAAUACUCAUCGCUAUUAAGACUAAAGUCUCUCAAAACCACAAGAAUGUCGGGAUCAUCCAACAUCGUAGCGAUGAAGAAAAUCGUCCAACAGUUGCGCCUUGAAGCGGGCAUAAACAGAGUUAAGGUGUCGCAGGCCGCGGCGGACCUGCAGCAGUUCUGCCUCCAGAACGCCCAGCAGGACCCUCUGCUCACCGGCAUGUCGUCCAGCAACAACCCGUUCAGACCGCAGAAAGUCUGCUCUUUCCUAUAGCGCCGACAUACUGACCGCCUUCCUCUGUUUUGGACAAUGCAGUGCCUUGUGGACCUGGGCUGCAGGACCUGCACCAUGGACUGGAAUCGCCUCAGGAGUGUUAGGGAAUAUGGGGACAUACAACUAACUUAACUGUUUUUUUUUAUUUUUACCUCUGUAAAACGUCAUGAGGACACAUUUCCAGGUGCUGUUGUAGCACUAAAAAUGUCUUAACUGACUUGUGUAGAAUUAACUAACGAUAUCACACACACACACACACUCACACGUGCCUUUUUGAAUUGUACAUUUUUCAUGCCUGAUUGCGAGAAUAAAUAAAUGUUAUUUCCACAUUUUAAA